AACUAGAAGGGAAGGAGGAGGCUUUUGAAUGCGGAGUGCGGGAAGGGAGGAGGGCAUGUAGCCUCCGCUCCACGGUAAACUCGACGGCGACAAACAACGAAAACCGGCCAAACUACUUUGUCCAACGGUCGCGCAUCGCGGUGCAACGCGUAUUUUCGUUUGUUUUCUUUGAAGCCCCACCUUUGUUUCGUGAUUAUUGUUUUGAUAUUGUGCAUAGUAGACAAAGUAAACAUUUUAUUAAAAUUACCAAAGUAUUGCGAUUGUAACGUUUAUGCAGUUAUCAAACUUAUUACUUGCGAUAAGUUGGAAUAUGUGACGAAAUAGGUUGCGGGCAGGUGAGGAACGUUGCAGUGAAAUGAGUGGAUUUGUGUUCAGUUAGUGGAAUGUACAGUGGUGAAGACAUGGGGGUGCAAAAGAGACAUAGCCAGUUCAGUGAUACAAAAUAUAAGUGGAGGACGCUUGUGUUUCUUUUAUGUUUUUGUGUUUGUAACGGUCAGGAUUACACGGUGACGGGGAAUAUAGAUCCGUAUGUGUUGAAUAAGACUUCGGGGUUGACGGAAUUACCAGGCGGAGUGGUGACAGGUGGUCGUACUGCGUGGAGAAAGAAUGGGAGUCCAUAUCUUCUGCGGGAUGAUAUUUUGGUGGAAAGAGAUGCAGAGCUGGAAAUCGAGGCAGGAGUAGAGGUGCGGUUUGCACCAAUGGUCGGCAUCACAGUGCGAGGAAAGCUGAUAGCUGUGGGUCAGCCGGACAGUGUGGUAUCAUUCACCAGUACAGAGGAGCCAGUGCGACUGAGCAGUUCUACUCCUGGUAUUCGCCUGGUGGAUGGACCUUCGAUCUUGGCGGGACGGGUACAGCUGCUGCACAAGAAUAAGUGGAGAUCAGUCUGCACCAACUCUAGGAAUUGGACAGUUAACGACAUGGAAACAGCAUGUAGGCAGCUGGGUUUCAUGGGAGGUUCUUUCUACAAUUGGAUGGAUAGACAACCAGGUCGAAGAGCACGCCUUCUGUAUGAAGAACCAAAGUGUAAAGGCACUGAAUACAAUUUGUUAGAGUGCAACUGGGCAUCCCGUGAACUCGGUUCAGGAGUCUGUGACUACCAUCCUGACCUCGGUAUACAAUGCUUGCCACAUCAUGAAACUGGAAACUCUGGGCGGCACUGGAGGGGCAUACGAUUCGAAAACGCUGCUUACGAUCGAAUUCUCACCGCAGGGAAUACCUUAUUCGUUCCUACCUCGAAAUCUAAACUAGAACAUGUUAUAAUAAAAAAUGCAGGCCUAGGUAGAGAUAAUAAUGCAACGAGUGCUAUAGAUGUUAUUGGAGUUCCACCUGUAAUGAAAGAUAUUGAAAUUACAAACUCCGCCUUCAAUGCUAUUAACGUGACGUCACCUAAUGCUCCUAUAGUUAUCAACAACUGCACGAUACAAAACAAUAGAGGGUAUGGUGUCUAUGUGAACUCAACUUACGGAAUGGUUAGUAUAGAAAACUGUUUAAUUCACGACAACGGAGGUGACGGUGUUAAAUAUGUGGUGCACGAAAUGAACAUCGACGAAAAAUUUGACCGCAGUGAGGUUUUUGACUUGUGCACUUUAGCAUCUACUCACAGUCAAACAUUUCCAAUACAAAUGUCUAUAAAACAGUCGCAGUAUUCGAAUAUGGAAAAAAAUUGUAGCCAAAAAUUUUACACUAGAACUGAUCAUGUUCUUACACUUAGCUUUAUAAAGAUCACGACGAAUCGCAAUAACACUGGGGAAAUAUUUGUUUAUGAUGGAAAUAGCGACGGUAAACUGUUAUUACACUUUGAUAUACGAAAUCACACGAGACCACAGAGCGUCACAUCUACGAGGAAUCAUAUGGUUGUGCGGUUCAGAGCCGACACAAGAACUGAUAUUGUUGGCUUCCUUAGACUGACUUCAGGGGUUUCCAAAACUUAUGACUUGAAUGUCACCGAUACGAUUAUAUCUGACAACAACGGAAGAGGUGUAGCCAUUGAAAAUUUAAGAUCUCAGGUUCAUAUUCAUAGAACCGCAAUAUCUAACAACAAUCAUGUUGCUGGUCUACAUGUUGUUAGUGGGGCGGGAGACGUAAAUGUUACCGAAAGCAGAAUUUCUUUCAAUCAAGGCGACGGAAUAAACAUCACGGUAACAGGUGGUAAUCGAAAUAUCUCCAGAAGUAUACUAAGUUCUAAUCAGGGAUAUGGUAUUGCAGUUUGGAUAAACAAUACAAGAGAGACCGAAUAUGUUCCAAUCAACCAAACGACAGUAAUUGAAUACUCAGAAAUCUUCAAGAACCUUGAUGUGGGUAUUUUACAUGGAAAUUUUUGUGGUGACAGUUGGUUGAACAUAACUGGAAAUUGGUUCAAUAGUAGCAUGGAAAGUACUAUAGACAUAUCAACAUGUUGGAGAUUUAAUAAUCCAAAGAAGUUACUCAAUUUGCAAAUAGGGCAUAAUCGUUUCUACCUGAACAAUCGAGUACCCAUAAAAAUUCAACCAGCUUUAAAUGUGAUAGGUAGAAUUGAAUACAAUUAUUUUGAACACGGCAGUUAUGGUGCUAUAGUCAUAUUGAAUAGAAUUGAAGGAAAAUAUCUAGAGGAAUUUGAAAUUCUUCCUGCUCGAUUCAAUAUACAACAUAAUUACUUUUUUGGCAACAAAGGCCCGUACGUAGUUAAUCUCGGAUUAUCGCCUUACAGUGACCAUCAGUAUAUAUUAUUUACUAGGAAUUAUUUGAAAGACAAUAAAAUAAGAGAAGCUUUUGAACCAUUAGAAGGUAUUGCAUCUAGAUUGAUUCCGAGAAGUAGGGUAGCCGCUGCCAUCGUAUUGGCUUCCAGUAAUAUAGAUGUGUUUAGAAAUAUCAUUCAUAAUCCAGAAGCACAGUAUGAGAUAGGAUCCCAUGUUGAAGAUCAGAGCAAAACUCUUAACUGCACUCAUAAUUGGCUUGGAUUUAGUGAAGAAGCAAAAGUAUACGAUAGGCUGUUUCAUCGUAAAGACAGAUACAAUUUAGCUAAAAUUGAAUACAUGCCUUAUUUAUUACAUAGCAGCAAUCCUGGCACGACACAAAUGAACACUAAUUCCUUAUAUGUUCCUCAGUUUAAUUUGCCAGGAACUUUUGUGAUCGGUGGAGAAGUGGAAGGUAUUGAAAUACUUAGAAAAGGUGAAUACAACGUCGAUAAAGAUAUAAAUAUCCGACCUGGCGGAAAACUUAUCAUUCAGCCGGGGGUUACUUUAAAAUUUCCGCCUGCAAUCGGAAUGAUGGUAGGAGGAAAGUUAGAAGCGAGAGGAAUACGUCCAAAUGAUAUUACUUUCACAUUAAAAGAGGAAAUUAUUAUGACUAAUGAUAGCGUUUAUGAAAGUGAUGUGUAUUUGGAACUAACGACUCAAACCUAUAGCGAGCCUGUUGUUCCGAUUAGGCUUUUAGGUGGAAGAACCCCACACGAAGGUAGAUUACAAGUAAGAAUGGAUGAUAAAUGGGGAACUAUUUGUAACUAUAGAUGGAACAUGAUUAACGCGGCUUUAGUUUGCAACCAACUCGGUUUAGCUCUAAACCCUAAUGACUGGUAUUUAGAGCCCAAUGAAAUACCGUCUGCUGGUAUGACUGAGGAUAUAAUCUUGUCAAAUGUUGAGUGCACAGAAUUCGAUAAUGAUAUUACGAAAUGUAAAGCUGAGACCACGGAAAACUUUGAAAAUUCGUGUACUCAUGAAAACGACGUUGGUAUAAGAUGCUAUGAAACAAGCUGGGCUGGCGUUAGAUUCAGUGUAAUAUCAGAAAGGACUGAUCUUCAAUAUGUCACUAUAGAAAAAGCAGGUCUCCUUGAUUAUUCUUCUAAUACUUUUAAACCUGCGCUUCAGAUUGAUUUUGCUCGCCACGGCCUCGAAAGUGUAAGAAUAGCGAACAACUAUCAUGAUGGACUGGGUGUCCUUUACUCAGAUAUAUACGGUGCUGAUGCAGUGAACACUGUUAAAAAUUCUGAAUUUAGUAACAACAGAGGUAGUGGUAUAAGUUUCAAACAAUUGGGUCUAAAAAUAUAUGGCUCAACUAUAGAAAACAACCAAAUUGCUGGCAUAUCACACAAUCCCCACUUAACUGGUUUGCAACAAAGAGAAAUAUCAGGUUGGUUUAACUUAGAGCCUAACUUCAAUUUGGAUGAGUCCAAUUAUCAUCUUAUAACAUUACCAAAGUAUGAGACCGAUAUAACACUAAUGAAUGGCGAAACGAGGCACCUGGUAUUCAGUAAACAUUACGGCGAAAAUAUAGUCAAAACGUACAAUAUUAACUGUAAUCCAGGCUACGUCUUAGGGCUCCAAUUGCUAAAUCCAAUCCAUAAUUUUUCUACGGAGAGCAUCUGCAUUUAUGAUUCACAAAACAUUAAUGAAGCCAGUACAAAAUGGUGUCUUGAUCGAGAUUUAUCGACGUUUCCCACUACCAGUAGUAGUUUCGGAGUUGUGCUUACAUAUGAGAGUGGCGAUGCCGCUUUAGGUGGUGUGGUAUUAGUCGUAAGUACUAUUAUAGCACCAGUACAGAACCUACGUAACAGAAUUGUCAAAGGUCCCGUACCAACAUUGCAAAUCGUGAAUUCGAAAAUAAAGGGUAAUACCAAAGGCGUCAAAGCUCUCUACUAUAAUCGAUAUUUGAAUGAAUUGGGUGAUCACUUUUUGCGAAAAGCUAAUGAAAGUAUAAAAAUAUUUAAUUGUGAAAUUGCACAUAACAAAGAAGAAGCCGUUUAUAUCAACACGCCGUUCUGGGAUAUUCAUGAAAGCAACAUAACUGAAAUAACUAUAAUGAUAAAUAGUAGUUUGAUAACGGAUAAUGGAAGAGGCAUAUAUCAUUUUGCGAGAGAUUUGAGAAGUUCUAAUAAUUUAUAUCAUUACAUUUUACAAGAUAAUACAAUAGAAAGAAAUAAGUAUGGAGGAUUUGAUAUUUCAUUACCCUAUGUAUGGCAGUACAAUGAAAAUUUCACUCACUCAGUUUACAUGCACAAUAACACUUGGCGAGGCAACAUGAACUUUGCGACGGUAAUAGAUGGUCAUUUUGCAGAAGUAAAUAUUACCAAAAACAUAUUUACUGAUAAUAAUUGCAAAACAGGUCUUUUGGCCAUCAGAGGAAUGGAAAAGAAAAUGAGAAUUGAAUACAAUUUAAUUGAACGAAAUAAGGGAAAUUUUAUGGUACAGUUUUUCAUGGACAGUCAAAGUGAAAUCAUGGGAAUUAUCAGAGCUAACUUUUUACACAAUCAAUUGAAAUUUAACCAACAAUUAGGUAUAAGGAGCCGUGGUGCUUUGAUGAGAAACAUUGAUCCAACGUAUGUGGUAGGUUUUAUGGGUAUUCAGAAAGUGGAGGUCAGAAGAAAUUUGUUCGGUGAAAAUGAUCUACAAUAUACUCUUCUGGCUGGAAUCAAGACUGCUAAAAUUAAUAAUGUUCUAUCUGUAACCGAAAAUUGGUGGGGAAGUAAUGAAGAGAAAGAAAUUAAAAAGCAGAUAUUUGAUUUCGAUGAUUGGAACAACCAUGCGAUUGCCAACUUCUUGCCAUAUUUGCUUGAAGAUCGUUUUGAUUCAAGCGUAUCUGCUGUGUUUACUCCGGAGACGCCUUUAGAUGUUGACAUGCUAGGUGGGCGGUUAUCUUCAAAUGUCACUCUGGAAGCCCGUAUUGCACCCUAUAUAGUAAAAGCUGAUAUAACUGUAAUGCCUGAAGCUAUACUUACAAUUAACCCAGGUGUUACGUUAGAAUUUGGCCCUAACGUUGGUAUACUUGUAAUGGGCACACUUCAAGCUAAUGGUCAUGCUCAAAUGCCGAUUGUUAUGAGACCGAUCACUCCUUCAAAUAAUAUCGAAAACAAUAGAAUAGAAAAAAGAGAUACCAGGCGUUACCGACACCACAAGGAACGCAGACAGUUGGAAAACCUACUAGUACAAGAUUCUAUUAGACUGUGCACAGGAAGGAAUUGUUCUAUAAAUGAUAAUAUGUCUGAAAAAAUUAAUGAGGGCUUCCUGGAAUACUAUAACAGAACGACGUUACAGUGGGUGCCCAUGUGUGACAAUCGCUUUACCGAGAGGAAUGCGCAGGUAGUCUGCCGUGAAUUAGGUUUUGAUCCGAUUAACGUAUUUUUUGCUUACGACCGUCGGAUUGAAUAUCACAGCAAUUCCUUGUCCCGGAUUUGGUCGUGGCCAGAACCAUUGCAAUGUGUCGGAACCGAAGAACGAUACGAGGAUUGUCCUAUCAGACUCAAUGGACAACUUUACGGCCAUAUACACGAGUGCAAAUGGGACUCUGAUUUUGUAUUCAUUCACUGCGGCACAAGAAACUUAGAAGACAAUUUGCAAUAUUGGGGAGGUAUUAGGUUUGCCAAUCCCGAAUUUGAAUAUUCCCUAUACGAGCACCGAAUACACGACCAUCAUACACAUGAAACAAUGAAGAAACAAGAAAGUUCGUUGAUCCAUGUACAAUUAUACGGUGCCGGUAUUCUGCAUAACGAGAAAUCACCAGCCAUUCAGAGUAUAACCAAAAAUCCUAUAAUUCGAAAUGUUAAUAUAACGAAAUGUGCUUAUCACGGAAUUAAUAUCGUGUCACCAACAGAUUCGCUGGAUAUAAGAUUUAACACUGUGAAUGACGUAUUAGGUGAAGGAAUAAGUGCCAUAUCACUUAACGGCGAAGGCAGGGAAUCGGAUGAAUCCAGUUUUACUCCACUCAAAGAUCUCAAUCUCCCAUACCACAUGUUUUCGCUGAUAGACAUUUGCGAUAGUAGCAAGAUGGUGGUCGUCGAAGAACGAGUGCUAUUGUAUUAUAAAUACGACAACAAUCCAGUUAAUUGCGUGAAGAUUUUCAAGAGCAGAUAUAGUGUCAAACCGUUCGGUUUUCGAUUGCUUCAGUUUAAUCUGUUUAAUCAUACAAAUAAUUAUGGGAAGCGAGAUUCUUUGAGUUUGUAUGAUGGUGAUAUCUACAAUAUUACUGCUCCAAUGAUCGGGUACUUAGAGAAUGGGUCUCCUGAAGAGAAGAACUUGUUUAAGACCCGCAGCGCUAGCCUGAGCGUCAAGCUGUUUGCGAACGGAGCCGCUUCGGUCCACGGGUUCAUAGCUGAGGUCGUCACGCUGCCGAUAUCUGCUAUUGGAUUUAACCGUGACGUCCAGCACAAUAUCUCCAACAGCGAGUUCCGUAAGAACCGGGACGGGGCCAUAACCUACCAGUCUGUGGGGGAAGUUAACCCUUUGGUGGCCAUCAUCAGGAAUGAGUUUAAUGACAACUGCCUCAAGCUGUACGGGAACUUUACUACAUGCCAGGCUGCUGUCAGGGUUGAUGUACAGAACACGCAGACCCUGGUCUUUAGGAAUAAUUUGGUCCGCAACAACGUAGGUGGUUUGCUGGUGCGCGCAGACUCGCGCGGUUCCGCGACUUCGCUCAGAGGCUUUAUUCACAACAACCUGUUCUACGGGAACCAUGAUCUUCCUUGUCUUAGAGUGGAAGGCCGUCAGUCUUCACCAUACCAAGAAGUGACAAUCUACCGGAAUUACUUCACUCGCCACCGAGCUAUGUACCAGGACGUCAUAGUGUUACGACAGGUCGUCUCAAACUUCACGUACAAUUACGUCCACGAUAAUACGGGAAUGAGGAUCCUGGAAGUUUCCGGGUUCGAUAAAGUACGGCUGCCGAUCUAUCAGACGACGUCGCAUAAUGGAUUCUACAAAAACUACGCAUUGGAUCGCGAAGGCCGAGCCACCGUAGUCGCCGGCACAGCAGGACAACAUUAUGUGGAUAAUGUGUUCUUCAAUCCUGACAACGAUUAUGAAAUGAUCACUGUCAAUAGAUCUAUCUUUUUUGACUAUAAUCCCAAUGCUAUAAGUUCCGUUGACCUUCUUCGCACAAAAGUGGAUGCAAAAUACAACUUCUGGAGUUACAACGAGUCCUUAGCCGUCGCCGGCCGUGUUCGUGAUCAGGCCGACAAUCCUCUACUGCUGGAAGUGGACUACCGGCCUUAUUAUAUGAACAACCAUACUGUGCUUGGAGGGGGGAAGUGCCCCCCAGGAUGGGAUGUGGUAGCCGACACGUGUUAUAUGUAUGUUGGAGCCCCCAUGACUUACGAAGAAGCUAGAUUGUUUUGUUUGUCGGAUAACGCGUCGAUGCCGUACGUAAGCGGCAACUACGCCGCGUUGUACGAGUUCAUACAGCGUCAGAACGAGUGGUAUCGAUACGGAGACCGAGUUUGGGUGAACCACAUCGAUUAUGUCACUCAAUGCACCUCUUUCGCCUUCUCUUCUAUAGACAUCACGGACUGUAGACAGAAGAACGCAUUCAUUUGUGAAAUCGAUCCGAAGAUUCGUAUCGACCCGCUAUCGUGGCGUACGGACGCUUUGGCGGUGGCCUUCAUCGGGAUCUUGGCGGCCGCUGUGUUGCUGGUCGCCGCUGCGGUGCUCUGUUGGUACUCCAAGUCCAAGCACAGACACGUCCAACGUCUUGAACGCAGAAACUCAAUCCGUCAGUCCCUUCACUCCGUGCGCUCGCUCAACAGCAUCAACGGCGGCUUGUCCGACACCGCCUACAGGAGGAAACUCGCGCAAAUGAGCGGCCGUUCAACCGAAACGCUGACCAAAGGAUCCGACUACCGAAAGAUGUUGGCGUCCACCGCUUCCAUGGAAUCCAUGGAGAAGAGUCAGUUCAACUCAUCAAUGGAAGACACGCAGAGCUUCGACAUUUACGAGGCCCAUAAUCCGAACACAAACAUCUUGCCUCUAAAAACUAGCACCUUCGCUAAGAAACCUUCUUCCCCAGAAUAUUCUAUACCGCAGAACAACAAUCGACCUUACAAUUUGGCGUUCAAAAAUGACGGAUUCAAAGACAACUCGAGUCCAGCCAGCGGUGCCCAAUCUAUGAAUACUGUUACUACUGAAGAGAUACCGAUUAUACAUCACCCUGGCGGUUUGCGAUCACCGCCUGAUGAUGACACGUUGUCGCCUAAUAGCGAUCAGUAUUUCACGUCAGAUACCCUUCCAUUGAGGGGAGGGAAGUCGGAUGGGGAAGAUAGGGAAGGGAAAAUGUAUGGGGGGUAUGGAGCGCCUAAUUACAGCGGGCCGAAGUUGUCUUUCCUGAUGGAACUGAGGUCGCGAUUGCCGGAUCAGCCCCCGCCUGCGGUCACGAGUUUUGGCCAGAGGAGGAAUAUUGCAGAUAACCAGCAGUUCUACGAAGACAACCUGCCCAGCCCGCAGCCGCUGUACAACUACGACAGCUCCCCGUCAGAACACAUCCCGAGCUACCACUCGAGCCCCCGAGACCAGGACUACCACCCGGAUUUACCCCACAGGUCCAAAUCUGAAGCCCUAUUGGAAACUAACUUCGAAUUUGAGGAUAGUGAUUCCAGUCCUUUGCCAAUGACUGAGGCUAGUAGGUCGUAUAGUCAGCCGCUUGAGACGGCAAUGUGAUCGUUAUUUCUGUUAGCGUUAAGGCUAGAAGCACUUAAAGCCUCUAUUAAGGCUGUGGCAUACUCUACCAUAGAGAUUGCUGAUGCAAUAGACAAAUGGAAGCAGAAAUGACAUAGUCUGAAGCCUUGAAACUAGUUGCGAGUUUUCGAAUGACAACAUAAUCCUAAUUUUUGAAAGCACUAAGGCUAGCAGCAAUAUCCUAGUGAGUAUUACGGGCUAUUCAGCUCAUGAGUGACCAAUAUUGUUGACUGAAGACGAAGUUCUGUUAAGUCGUUUGAAUACAACAUGUUCAACUUGAUCGAAAGUAGUCACUCACUUUUAUUAGUACUUAUCAUUAUGUAAAACGGCGUAUAAAUCAUCUGAUAAAUUUAUUAGCCGCCAAAAAAUGUUACAACCCCGAUACGUAUGGUACGGUAACUGUAAAUUGUCUUAAAAACUUACCACCGUACAGAAGCAUGGACAAAUAUUGUCUAUGACUUCAAGUAAAAGUUUUAAUUUUAAGUAAUUAACAAAUUUUCAAGCAAAAGUUGCUACUUUCUAAUUGUGCUAUUUUUAUAUAGCAAGCAGUUAACAACUGACACUAGCUUUCAAUUGACAUAUUUAAAAUGUUUAUAUGUUAAAUAGAUUACUUUCAUACCAUAGUUUAUAAAUGAAAUGUUUUGAUACAUCAUUUUACAUUUACUAUAUUCUUAAUUUAUCUUACUUUCUUCCAUACGAUUCCGUCCAGUACUUCAAUAAUAACAUAUCAAGCUAAAUAAUGUGUAUAUUUAUCAAAAAAAUAUCGCAUUUAAUAAGAAAAAUAUUUUAUUUACCAUCAUUUAUUAUCACCGUGAUGCUCCAACUCUUUAAAUGCGGAUUACAUUAUUCGAUGCGGGCCGUUUGGCGUUUACACACGAGAAUACACGAAAGAUGUAAGUAGUUAGUUGUAGGAUAUAAAAGACUGAAUGAACAUGUGUCUUAGAUGAAGGAUUUUCCUGCAUUUAUUAUCAUCAGUUAUUUGUUUCUAAUUAAAAUAAAUUUAUAUAGUGCCUUUUCAACAUAUCUACCUAAUACAUUUUUUCGUAUAUAUUUUACAUGUAAGUAGGUAAUUACCCAAAUUAUGUAUUUUAUUUUUUAUAUUUAAAUAAGUUUAAGGUAAUGUACGAUAAGUUUAAUAUUAUACAGAAAAAGACAAGAUCUCAGUAUAUUGAAAUAAAUAUUAAAAAAAAACAGUUCGACAUAGUUAAAUUUUUCUUUAAAAUCUUUACUUAUUAAACUUUAAAAUUAAUAAGUUUUUAAUAUUACGUUAAUUUUAUUUGUAAUAAUAGAGUUAGAUAAUUUGUACUGUAUUUGGUCUUUUUGCGUUAUUUGUAAAAAAAUAUUUACCAAAAAUAUAUUUAAAUUCAUGAUGAAUUUGAAAAAAGAAAAAUAAUGAAUUUCUUUAAUUUUUUUGCAAUUUAUUAUAACAAGAAGAGUUGUUAUAUUUUGUGCAAUUUAAUGUUAAAUUAUUAUCUUAGUACCAAUAAUUUAAAAAUUCUUGGAAAAACAACUCUACUAAUUUUAAAAGUAUGUCUUUUUUUUUGUAUUGUCACUGAGCGAGAAAUUUUAAACUAGCAAUAUGGACAAAAUGUCGGUAAUGUUUUCUGUUUCCAACUUUAUAGGUAUCUACUUCUUUUCCCUGCCAAGAUGUGAUCCUGCACACCUUAGUCUUAGUUUUUAGUUAUUUUUUUUACUUUCAUACAUCACGAUCUUGUAUAUAGUUAUCAUUUGUUUUACUUCAUUGAAGUAAUGACAGAAUCUUAUAUUAAACAAACUGUACUUACUCAUUAGUAUUCAUAUAAUCGACGGUUAAUAACAAUAAAUAAGCACGCAGUGUGCAUUCAUAUAGAAAUAUCAAGCAUACUAAGAAUUAAAAGGAAUUAAUAUUUUUUAUGACUAAAUGCUUUAAAAUGUAAAUCAUGUUAAAAUAAAGACAAGUGAUAAAAUUGUAAUAAAGUAAUAUGUACACUGAGAAAAUUAUAAAUAUUUUGAUAUUUA